AUGGGUAGGAUGUCUAUUCUCGUUAGAUGGCAACCCCCUCCUAUGGGUCAUAUCAAAGUGAAUAUUGAUGGAAGUUGGGCUUCCAAGGCGGCUGGAGCUGGUGGAAAUUUUAGAGAUUAUUUGGGCAUUUGCCGGGGUUACUUUGCUUCUCCGAUUGUAGCCUCCUCCCCUUUAGAAGCUGAAUGUUGGGCUUUUUUAUUGGCCUUAAAGGUGGCUAUUUCUUUUAACUUCUUAAAGCUUAUUGUUGAGACUAAUUCAAUUAACCUCUUUAAGGAAUUUGAUAUAAUUACAAUACCCAAAUGGAUUGUUGUGGGUAUUUGGAAUAGAAUAAGAGCGAUUAUAGAAAAGUAUAAUUUUUCCAUACACUUGGCUCAUGUUUUUCGAGAAGGUAAUUCCCCGGCGGAUUGGUUGGCUGAGAAAGAUAAAAUUGAGGAAAGAAUAUUGAUAGGUGUCUUACCAGAGUCUCAGCUAAAAUGA